CUCUUUCGCACGACAGAAAUCAAGGUAUAAUUUUUGUCUUCAUUUUGUGACAAAUAUACACAAUUCAAUUUGGUCGCAUUUUAGAUAUCCAUGCUGUCAAAUGACAGAUUUGAAUUUUGAUGACGGAAAGAAAAAGGUUAUACACAGUAAAAGAGGGAAUAGGUUGAUUUAAGAUAAACUUAUUUAAUAAUUGUUAUUAAAUAUUAUUCGGGUGUACCUAUCUCUCAUUUGUGUAGUGUAAUUAUUGAAUCCUAGUUUGAGUUUUGUAUACAUUCAGAUAGUUCAAAUAAAGCAACGUGUCCUAGGUUAGGCCGUUGGUGAAACAUGUUAGUUUAUUUGAAAUAACAUGACUGAGAGGAAAAUGUGCAAGUUCUACAAUUUAAACGUACCUGAACGUCGAUCUGGGGAAGGUGGCCAGGGUGGUCACGGUGGUGGCGCUACGCAGAACCACGGCAACAAUGACGAGGAUGACAGGAACUCUGACGAGGCGACGCCGCCUCCCGUACCGGCGCACGAGCACAAGCUCGAGUACUCCUACUGGAUGUGGUUCUCGCGGCGUCCUCCCGCGCGCGAGCUGUCCACUUCCCCUUCAGGCUACGUUCAGGCGUUACGUCUGGUGGGUCGGGUGGCAAGCGUGGAACAGUGGUGGGGUCUGUACACGCACCUGGCGCGGCCGUCCGAGCUGCCGCCACUGUCCGACCUCCACCUCUUCAAACUGGGCAUCAAGCCCAUGUGGGAGGACCCCGCCAAUAUUAAUGGAGGGAAAUGGGUUGUGCGGCUACGUAAAACACAGACGGGCCGAGCGUGGGAGGAUUUGUGUAUGGCAAUGUUGGGCGAGCAGUUCAUGGUCGGCCCGGAGCUCUGCGGUGUGGUACUAUCCGUACGGUUCCAGGACGACCACCUAGCGGUAUGGCACCGCACGGCGUCGGACACGGCGAUGGCGGCGCGCGUACGAGACGCGCUGCGGCGCAUCCUGCAGCUACCCGCCACGGUGCCCAUCGAGUACAAGGCGCACGGCGACUGCCUGCGCGCGUCCGCCAGCCGCGCCGCGCCCGACGAGGCGCCGAGCCCGCCCAGCCCCCCGCCCUCCUCCUAGCCGCCGCCCCCGCGCCCCCCUACUGCGGUGUUGAGGGAACAUGACAGUAUCGCCGUGACCUGUGGUGCACCGAGUAGGCGCCGAUAACUUUAGUUUGCCCUGCCGAACCCAAACUGUUCAACGCAAAACGAGACUUGUGACAUUACCUUUCUGUAAUUGUUAACUAUUAAAUCAGUACCGAUACUAGGAAUACUGUUGUUAUAGGCUAAAGUUAACCUUCACCCGUACUACACCAGCUAGCAGAGUAUGGAUAAUAUGUAUUAAUUUGUAUUAUUGAUUGAAUCUGAGAAUGAGAUACGACUGCUGCCCGCAAAAGUCUGGCCGGCGGCUCACGGCGGGCCCGCGCUGCCGAUGUACAUAUAGUCAAAUUCCGAGUAAAUAAAACUAGUUUGUGUACGCGGCGUCGAGCCGUGAGCUCUGGCGCCACACGCUCCCGUUACUGUACAGUGAAGGAUUAUAAUAAAGAAUCAGCAUUUGUAUACUUGACAUGUGUUUUUUCUUAACAUUGC